AAGUUCUUCUCCGCGCACAUGGGCUGGAUCGCGGCGAGUUUUGACUUGACAAACGAAAGACUUCGAUUCCUCUGUCGCCUGAGAGGAGAUGGCCGUGCCGGCGCCGGCCAAGGCGGUGCGCGCGCUCGAGGCCACUGCAGCGGCGCUGGUGCUGCUGUGGUGCGUGCACUUCCGCGGCGGCCUCGCCCUCAACUCCCCCACCAACAAGGGCCUCAUCUUUAACGUUCAUCCUGUGCUUAUGCUGAUCGGACUCAUCAUCCUAGGGAGCGAAGCUAUAAUGAGCUACAAAACAUUGCCAUGGAAUCGUGGCACAAAUAAGAUAGUCCAUUUGGUUCUUCAUGCUGUUGCACUUUUUCUGGGAUCGUUCGGGGUAUAUGCUGCCUUCAAGUUUCACAAUGAAAGUGGAAUUGAUAAUCUUUACAGCUUGCAUUCCUGGGUUGGACUUGGUGCUAUCCUUUUAUAUGGUUUACAGUGGGUAUCUGGCUUUGCCACCUUCUUCUUCCCGGGCGCCUCACCGACACUCCGACGCGCCGUGCUCCCAUACCACGCUCGCGCCGGGCUGGUCGCCUACGUGCUGGCACUGCUCGCGGCGGAGCUGGGGUUCCUGGAGAAGAUCACCUUCCUUCAGGCAGGGGCUGCGGGCGUAGGCAGGUACAGCUCGGAAGCUCUCAUGGUAAACUUCACCGCCAUCGUCGUCUCACUACUGGGCGCAUCAGUUGUGCUGUACGUCACUGCUCCCGGGCAGCAGAACGAGCAUAUACUUGGGUAUUCGGCAGUGCACAAGCCCUGAACCGUCUGUACUUUUACUGCAUCCUUGUACGUUUCCAGUACAGGGAACAACUUCUUCUCAUCUUAUUUGUACUUAGUAGUUACUGCAAUCUAGUGCAGAUUAGAAUCACAAGAAUGUAAAAUUUUGCCCUUCUGUUUACCAGACACCAGUAGAUGCAUCAUAUGAACAGAAGAACAUGAAUCCUUCUCCGACGCUUUCUGCGGAGAAUUUUAACCAUGAA